CCGUUUUAGACCAUCGAAAAAAAACCUCUCAACUUUACCAUUCCGAAGCAUCUGCAAAUCUCGAAGACUGGUCUCCUUCUUCCUUUCUCGGAUCUUCCCAACCCCCGCCCCCCGAUCAGCUUCUCCUUAUUUCCAGAAUAAACAGGGUGCUAAUUAAAGAUGUUUGGAGGUAGAGUAAUUCACCGGUUGCUGAGAGAGAGACUUCAGUCACGAACCAGUUCUGCGCCAGCCUUGUCGUCUCGUAUUUUCCGGAAACAGCAUGAAGGAGUUGGAUCUACCACCACAAAGUCCUUGAGGGCAUUGGCCCUCUUUGGAGCAGGUGUAUCAGGGAUUUCAUGUUUUGCAACAAUCUCAUCCUGUGAUGAGGCUGAACAUGGUCUGGAUGUCCCUAACUAUCCUUGGCCCCACCAGGGCAUUCUAAGUUCAUAUGACCACGCUUCGAUUCGUCGUGGUCACCAGGUUUACCAACAAGUAUGUGCGUCCUGCCAUUCCAUGUCCUUAAUUUCAUACCGUGACUUGGUAGGUGUGGCAUAUACAGAGGAGGAAACUAAGGCUAUGGCAGCUGAGAUUGAGGUAGUUGAUGGGCCUAAUGAUGAAGGCGAGAUGUUUACGCGUCCUGGAAAACUGAGUGAUCGAUUUCCUCAGCCAUAUGCAAAUGAACAAGCAGCUAGGUUUGCAAAUGGAGGGGCCUAUCCUCCAGAUUUAAGUCUUAUUACCAAAGCUCGUCACAAUGGUCAAAAUUAUGUUUUUGCACUUCUAACUGGAUACCGUGAUCCUCCUGCUGGUGUUUCAAUUCGUGAAGGAUUGCACUAUAAUCCUUACUUCCCUGGGGGCGCUAUAGCCAUGCCUAAAAUGCUUAAUGAUGGUGCCGUUGAGUAUGAGGAUGGUACCCCUGCAACUGAAGCUCAGAUGGGGAAGGAUGUGGUCUCAUUUUUAUCCUGGGCGGCAGAGCCUGAAAUGGAAGAGAGAAAACUGAUGGGAUUCAAGUGGAUAUUUGUUCUCUCACUGGCACUUCUUCAAGCUGGUUACUAUAGGCGCUUGAGGUGGUCUGUGCUCAAGUCUCGGAAGCUGGUGCUUGAUGUUGUCAACUAGACUUCCUUGGCAUCUCUGCACAUUUUGCAUCUCAACAAUCCGAGUCCACAAAUAACUAUCUUCUGGUGUACUACUUAUAAUCCGCUGCACAAAACCAGCUGGAACUGUUUUUUUGGUAAUGCACAACCAAUUGUUUCCCAAUUUCACAAAGAAUAAGGAAUACAUGCUAGUGAAAUUUUUUCUUCAAUUCUCAGCUGAUGAGAACGGAACAAAGUAAGAAGCUUGAUAUUGCUCAAUGCUUUAGAUAAUGCAGGCUGAUGUUAUUCUUUUGGAGCUCUGUACGAAAACGAGUUGUGCCAUCAACGGGACAAGUAACGCCUUUUUCUGAAUUUGAUUUUUUGUUGGAUUGUAUGUAUUGCAUGAUUGAUGAUAUGGUGGAAUUACCGUAUGCAUCUUUGCAAAAUAAUCAAUUCUCCGGAUAAAAUUGCAA